AUGCGAAAAAUCGAACUCCUUCAAAUUUCUGUCCUGAUGGCUCAGGGCGCACUGGCUGCUACCGUACAUGAAGUCUGGUGGAACCUCACCUACGUAGAGAAUGUCAACCCAGAUGGGCUUGCUGAACGACGUGCGAUUGGGGUAAAUGGAACUUGGCCACCUCCACCUGUCUCGGUCAAUGCAACAGAUGAUCUCGUCGUUCACGUCUACAACUCACUCGAUGCACCAAGUAGCUUGCACCACCAUGGCAUGUUUUUCAAUGGGAGUUCCUGGAUGGACGGAGCUGUGGGUGUUACGGAGUGUGGAAUACCACCUGGCGGAACCUUCGACUACUUGGUUCCAAUCAGUUCAUCUGGUCAAUGGGGAACUUACUGGGUUCAUGCUCAUGCUAGUGGCCAAUACGUUGACGGACUACGCGCUCCUCUGGCGAUCCAUCCUCCUAAGGAAGCAUACACAUAUGACGAAGAGUUCACGGUAGUCCUCGGGGACUGGUACCAUACUGAGCAUUCCGUUCUUUUGAACGACUUCAUCAGCAUCAAGAAUCCAGGAGGAGCGGAACCUGUUCCUGGUCAGUACUUUGAAGCUUGUUAUCGUUAUGCAAUAACUUUGACCCGCACAGAUUCUGGCCUCGUGUAUUUCGCUCAGAACGCCUCGUACCUGCCCCCGAUUUCCGGUAGAACUCCUUCCAAAGUGACUUCUUCCGUUGGUUUUAACGAGAACGCAACACUUCCUUUCCAACCCGGAAGGACCUAUCGUUUACGCGUUGUAAACACGUCUGCGUUUGCAAUGUUCUACUUUUGGAUCGAUGGUCACGAUAUGAGGAUUAUUGAAGUGGACGGAACGGAUGUUGAAGAAUCCCCUAUCAACAUGCUCAGUGUCACGGUAGCACAGAGGUACUCCGUGUUGGUUACCGCUCGAGACGACACGAAUUCCAACUGGGCGAUUCAUGCGAACAUGAAUACAGAUAUGUUUGAUUCAAUUCCACCUGCCCUCAACCCGAAUAUAACCUCCUCGGUAACUUAUUCAGCUUCAGCCUCAUUAACUAGUGAAACGGUGGUCAAUUAUUCGGUGGUGAAUGACAUCGCCCUCGUUCCGAUUGAGAAGAUCGCCGCACCUCCCGCCACGAAGACUAUCGAGCUCGAAGUUUCCUUUGACACGAUGGACGACGGAACCAACAGGGCUAUGUUCAAUAAGAUCACCUACAAUCCACCUAACACUCCUGCGAUUUUAAGUGCACUUACACUUGGACAUGAUGCCGUCGUUCAGAAGGCAUACGGAGAUCUUAGCUUCGUAGUAGGAGAGAACAACGAUCAGUUUGAUGUCGUGGACUUGGUUGUCAAAAACGGUGAUGCCGGGGUCCAUCCUUUCCACCUCCACGGACACAAAUCCUUCCUCGUCAAUCGCGCCGACGACUACACCUCAACCGACCCAACCCUCAAUCCACCCACCCCAAUAGCCAAUCUGACAAAUCCAAUGCGAAGAGACACGUUCCAUAUCCCAUCAGGCGCAUCCGCAACACUGAGAUUCGUCGCUGAUAAUCCUGGAGUUUGGUUAUUUCACUGUCAUAUAGAAUGGCAUUUAGAAGCUGGUCUUGCGAUUCAAAUAAUAGAAGCACCUCUUCGUCUGCAAUCGGGAAACGGUAACUCCAGUGCGAUUGCUCCUCCCCAAAAGUUGAUAGAUAACUGCCGAACGCUUCAUAAACCUGUUUCUGGUAAUGCAGCUGGGAAUAAUGGUGCAGAUGAUCUGCGGGGACUCAAGACGGGGCCGUUCCCGCAAAAGUUGGGAUGGAGACCUCGAGGGAUUGGUGCGAUGGCGGGGUGUGUUUUGACGGCAGUCUUAGGUGUGCUGACGUUGAUUUGGUAUUCUGUUGGGGAUGUAUCGGAGGAAGAGAUGGAAAGAGAGGUUAUUGAGAGUUUGGAUAAGCGGAAGGAGGAGGCGGAGAAGAAGUAG